UUGAAAAUCACAAUAUUUAGCUGUCAUUUAACUUGGAGAGGUUAUAAGAUAAAUACAAGGAGACUCACUAUGAAAAGACGGCAUUCGCUCCUCGGACAUUUUAAACAGGCCAAACGAAGUUAAUGAUAAUAGAAGGAAAUUUUCGAGGGUGCUUGAAAUUAAAUAUGGACGUUAGACUUUCAUACUUAGCAAUUACAAAUGAAAACUCGUGUUUGUUUGCUUAGAUUACUUGAGAUUUUGACACCCUUUCUAAAAACGAUUGCGGGCCACAUAUCUAGAGCUUGCAAUAAGCGGUGUUAACCGUUUUUUUCAUCAGAUUUUCACUUCAUUGAAAUGGUUCCCGAUGCAGGUUACGGGAAUGAGUUCUGUUACAUGCCCGUCGACAAAGCGAUGGCGUGAAGAUGCCAGGCGGUCGUUUAGCUGCGGAAAUUUAUUUGUGAUUAGCGUUCAUAAAGAAACACAAGAACGAAAAGGAAAUUACAGCAAGAAUAUAGUUCGUGGAUUGAGAAAGCAUAGCAGUAGACAGAGCCGCGAACUGAUCUUCAACACUGACUCUUGUUUGAAGAUAAAAGAAAGAAAGAAAACAUUAAAGUGAUCAUUUUUGGAAGGACGCAAGGAUUUUAGUAUGGAUCUUUCAACAAGCAAUGGCGGUUGUAGCAAACCCGCCGUGUCAUUCAGCGUGGACAGCAUCCUCCGAAAAAGGGGGGUAGAGGAAGAAGAUACUGAGGUGUCCACCAUCACAAGUAAUCCCGAGGGAAAUACACGAUUUCACUCCUCUCCGAGUCCUCGCGAUGAUGACCAGAGCGACACGUCAGUUUCCCCCUGCCCUACCCCCGAGGACUGUGGUCAGGAGAAGCGAUAUUUGGAGGGCACGGACGGAUCCUCCCUGAACACCUCCUCAGACAAGGGGGACGAAGGCUCGGACGAAUCUUUCUCCUCCAAACCUCGGAAAAUCCGGAGAAGUCGGACUACUUUCACCACCUACCAGCUACACCAACUCGAACGCGCCUUCGAGAAGACGCAGUACCCGGAUGUCUUCACGCGAGAGGAGCUUGCCAUGAGACUGGAUCUCAGCGAGGCUCGAGUUCAGGUUUGGUUUCAAAAUAGAAGAGCCAAGUGGAGAAAAAGAGAGAAGGCCAUGGGAAGGGAAAGUCCGAAUUUCCUUCAGUCAGACUCCGCCUCCGGACUUGGGGAUGUUGCUCCACACAUUCCACACGCAGUUAAUUUCCCCAGUACACCGGAACACCUCUGGUCUCUUCGUGUCUCGCAUCUUACAGGAAUGAAUCCAAUGUUAGCACUUUACCAACAAAAUGUCGGAAACCUUGCCUCUCAUCAACUUCAUGGAAAAUUUCCCUUUGGUGGCCUCUUUCCAAGCUAUCCAGUAAGCUCAAAUGCUUUCGGGUUCCCCGGUCUCUUUUUUGGCGGAAAUGGACCUUCUUCUUCCGGACUCACUACUUCCGGUCCUGGUCGCUUACCACUGAAUCAAGAAUCUCUAGAUUUAAGAAUCUCCAGUAUUGACAAUUUAAGAAUUAAAGCCAAAGAACAUUGUGCAGGUUCUUCAGAAAAACAUCCAUUUUUGUCGUAAUAUUUAAACUAUGUGAGUACUAUCAGUAUGAUUUUGCGGGUUACACGAAGCGGGACUUUGCUAAACAGGGUGCUAGGUGAAGAGUCGUUACUGGUAUUGUCAUGUACUUUUAUGAUAAAACGUUGUUUGUUUGUUUAUUUUUAUGAUUAAGUGGUUCUUCUUUCCCAGACACAAAUAAUCUGUAUGGAGAAUAUACCUUUGAUACAACCUGCAUUCGUGUCGAAAUUUUAAACAUUGACAUACAUUUUAAUAUUAUCAUUUUGUUUUGUAUACAUAUCUUAGUGUUAAAUGUCAUUUUCCUGUAUAUAGACAUCGUUUUUCAGUCGGUACUUAGUACUGGGAGAAACAUUUUCAGUGCUUAUUUAUUGCUUUAAAAUUGUGUUGUUAAUUGUUGACAAUGGAUUGUUGUAGUGUUUUUGUGAAAAUGAAAUAAAAACAAGGA